AUGACCUCAGUGUAAUGGCCGCUCUCUCCGUGCGCUCCGGGCGGUUUUAUUUUUUAUUUUUCCUCCACCGCGGCUGAAUCAGAGCGCCUCACAUCGACCGCACACCGCCGGGAAGGAGCGCAGGCAGCGGGAGAAGGCGGUUGUGGACGCAGCAGUGCCGUCUUUAGCGAGCCCCGGGCCGCCAAGAAGCUUCUCCGAUGGACACCCCUGAGAGCCCGAGCCAGUCCCCCCAGUCCCCCGAGGACGAGGACAAGGGUCUGUCGGACAGCGAGCUGCUGGACUCCCCCGACGAAGACGACGGCCGGGUCCUGUCCGACAGCGACGUCCUCCGUGAAGACGAGAACGGAGGCCUGGUGGAGGACGAGGAGGAGGAAGAGGAGGAAGAGGUGGUGGGGGGGCGGGGCUCCGAGGACGAGGUGGUCCCCGACUUUGUCUCAGACGACGAGGAGCUGGGAGGAAGAGGAGGAGGAGGGGCGGGGGGGAUGGGUCAGGAGGAGGAGACCAUCGUGCUGAUGGAGGGGGAUGAAGAUGAUGAUGGUCCACCAGGCCAGGAAGAGGAGGAGGAGGACGAAGACGGAGCGGUGGACACGCCGCUGUCUCCGGAGCAGGUCAAGAGCCUCGCAGCUGAGGAGGAGGACGAAGACGAUGGAGAAGACAAAGAGGGGGUCUGUGAGGACGCCUCAGCAGGACGGGAGGAGGAGGAGGAGGAGGAGCGGCGGCGGGCCGAGGAGAGGAGGCGGGCGGCGGCCCGGGAGCUGAAGGACGACUCGGCCGCCGUGUCCCGCGAGCUGGACGAACACGAGCUGGACUACGACGAGGAGGUCCCCGAGGAGCCCUGUGUCCCCGCCCCGGACGAGGAUGAGGACGAGGAGGACGCCGCCGCUGCCAAGCCAGGGGGCGGGGCCAGCAGGGAGGAGGAGGAGGAAGAGGAGGACAAGAGCAGGCAGAAGAGGGAGAAGAAGCCCAUCCUCCCCCCGUCCCCCAAAGACGGCGAGGCCCGGGGGGCCGAGCGCAGCCGCAGGGACAAGAAGAAGGACGAGGACGACGGCGAGAUCGACGAGGGCGAGAUCGACGACGAUGACCUGGAGGAGGGUGAAGUCAAAGAUCCAUCAGACAGAAAAAUCAGGCCAAGACCGAUCUGCAGGUUCUUCAUCAAAGGAAACUGCACGUGGGGCAUGAACUGCCGCUUCAUCCACCCGGGGGUCAACGACAAGGGCAACUACUCCCUGAUCAGCAAGCCGGACCCCUUCUCCCCCAACGGGGCGCCGCCCGGGGGAGCCCCGCUGCCCCUGCUGCCCAACAACCCCUGGGCGCCCCCUGCUGUGGAGGAGCUCCCCCCUCCCCCCCCUCCGGUGGAGCCUCCUGUGGAGAGCGCCUGGGAGCGAGGGCUGAGGCACGCCAAGGAGGUGCUGAAGAAGGCCACCAUCCGGAAGGAGCAGGAGCCGGACUUCGAGGAGAAGCGAUUCAACGUGACGAUCGGCGAGGACGAGAGAGAGUUCGACAAGGAGAACGAGUUCUUCAGGGAGCGCAGCUACCGCAUCAUCCGCGAUGAGAUGGACUUCAGAGAUCCUGCGUACGGAGAUCCAUACGCCGACCCGUACUACGACUACGAGAUGGAGGCGCUGUGGCGAGGAGGCCAGUACGAGAACUUCAGAGUGCAGUACACCGAAGCGCCGCUGCCCUACCACUACAGUCAGGAGCGCGAGCGGGAGCGCGACCCCCGCGAGCAGCGCCACCACCGCGACCGGGAGCGCGAGCGCGACCACCGCGAGCGCGAGCGGCGGCAGCGGGAGAGGGAGCGCGAGAGGGAGCGCGAGCGCGAGAAGGAGCGCCUGAGGAGGAAGGAGGAGUGGGAGAGGGACCGCCUGAAGAGGGACGAGAAGGAGCGGCCCAGGAUGAGGCCGCCGCCCCCGCCGCCGCCGCGGGACCCCCGGGACAAGAAGGAGGACCUGAAGCCGCGCUCGCCGCUCGGCAUGGCGCCCAACAGGCCGAUGGAGCCCCCCUCCAAGAAGGAGGUGAUCCCCGUCAUGAGGGGGCCGGACGAGUGGAAAGACCCGUGGCGCCGGUCCAAAUCCCCACGGCGGCGCCCCGGGCUGGGCUCGCCGCCGCGGGGCCGCCGGAGGCACCGACCCUCUGGAUCCUCCGUGUCACUGUCCAACUCCUCCAGGUCUUCGUCCCGCUCCUCCUCCUACUCCGGCUCCGGCUCGUCUCGCUCUCGAAGCCGCUCGUCCUCCUUCAGCUCGUACUCCAGCCACUCAUCGCAGCACAGCUCCUUCAGCGGCAGCCGCUCCAGGUCCCGGUCCUUCUCCACGUCUCCCUCGCCGAGUCCCGCGGCGCCCAGGAACGCCAAGAACAAGCCAGACCUGCACCCCAUGAUGGCCAAAGGUGCGCCUCCUAAACCAGGCACCAUGCCCCCCCCUCGCAGGGACAAGCCCCCCAUGAAGAAAGCUCCCAGUCCUCCUCCAUCCGGCGGUCCGCAGGGGGGCCGGCCCCCCAAACCCAUGAUGGAGGGGGGCAAACCUGCCCCCAACCUCCGCGAGGCUGGAGGCGGAGGCCCGGGAGGAGGAGGAGGAGGAGGAGGAGGUGGCGGAGGGGGUGGAGGAGGAGGAGGAGGCGCAGCAGGGAGACCGAUGCCCCCCCGAGAACCUGGAAAACCCCCCAACCAGAGAGACGGACGGCGGAAAGAACGGCCGCAGAACCCCCCCCGAAGGCGGACUGUCAGUGGCAGCAUCAGUGGAAGUGGCAGCAGCUACUCCGGCUCCAGCUCCAGAUCCAGAUCGACAUCCAACUCACUAUCCCGCUCCCGGUCCGGAUCCAGGAAGUCCAGGUCUCUGAGCGUCUCCAGCGUGUCCUCGGUGUCCUCGGCCUCGUCCAGCAGCAGCUCCAUCCGCAGCGCCGACUCGGACGACAUGUACGCCGACCUGGCCAGUCCCGUGUCCUCGGCCAGCUCCCGGUCCCCGACGCCCAGCCACCCCCGCCGGGAGCGGGGCGGGCCCCGGGAGGCCCUCCGAGAGGGGGUCCGGGAUGGAGCCCGGGAAGGGGGCGGAGCCCGGGAGGGAGGCGGAGCCCGGGAGGGGCUUCGGGAGGCGGGCCGGGACGGAGCCCGGGACCGCGGACCACAUGGGCGGGACAAGACCCGAGAGAGGCCGACGAAGAGAGACGAGCCGUUCAGGGACGAGCGCAGGAAGAUGGACCUGUCGGGUCCCCCGCCGCGGGGGGGCCACGGGGGACACGGGGGGCCCCACCCCGUCCCCCGCUCGGGGCCCGGGAACAGGGGGGGCCACCCGGGGCACCCGCCGCCCGGAUCCAUGGGACCACCCGGAGGCUACGGGGGCUCCGGGUCCCACAAGGACAUUAAACUGACACUGCUGAACAAGCAGCAGGGCGACAAAGGAACCAGAAAGAGAUACCUUCCAUCAGACAAAGAGCGGCCGGGUUCCCCCGCCAGUAAGAGGAUGGCCAUGUCUCCAGACAGAGGCCGUGACAAGAGGAUGCCCGGCCGGCCGCCAAUGUCCCCCCGCCUGGAGCGACCCCGAGGCCAGGGCCCCCGCCCACUGCCCCCUCCUGCAGACAGGAAGCGCCCCCUGUCCCCGCCCUCCAGGUCGUCGGGGAAGGGCGCAGCGCCGCCGCCGGGGAAGCCGCCGCCCGCCGCCGCCACGUCGGGGAAGCCCAGCAACACGCUGUCUCGCCGCGAGGAGCUGCUGAAGCAGCUGAAGGCCGUGGAGGACGCCAUCGCCCGCAAGCGAGCCAAGAUCCCCGCCAAGUAGCCGGAGGCCCCGCCCACCGCCGCCGCCCGGCCCCGCCCCCGCGCCCCGGAGGGCUUGGGUUUCUGUUUUUGCAGCUCGGCCUCCCGCGGGCAGCGCCGUCGUCUGGCUGGUGUUCGGAGGCCGUCGUCAGAGAGACACUCUUUCUCGCAGCGCCGUCGCUCCGGCGACCUUUGACCCCCCGUUAGGAUCCUGGCGGACCCGGAGGGAGCAGAACCGGCAGAACCGCCCCCCCACCCCGGUUCUGCUCAUGUACCAUAAGAAGACGGGAGGCGUUUGAAUCAGUGAUGUGAAGUUUUUCUUUUUUUUUAAGUUUUCAGCCCGGUUUUCUCUUCUAGCUCCGCCGCAGUCGGACCGACUGACCUUUGACCCCCGUCUCCCUUUCUUAGUUGAUGAGUUUGAGCGGCGGGACGAGACUUUCACUCACCAGACGGCUGCUUUUCUGACUAAAAGCCCAAAUAAACUAUUUUGAUAAAGC